AUGGGGGACCAUGUUGAGCUUCAGAUCGCCCCAGAGACCCCAGGCAGACCCUCCAUUAGAAACCCAUUCGAGAGUCCUAAUGACUACCACCACCUCCGGGAGACCCUGGUGCCGAGUCCAUCCGUCUUCAUGUCCAAGUCUUGUAAAGCUACUCCACCCAAGUUUAACUGGUCUAUCGAUGAAAUGGCCAGUCUUCUCCCAGUCCACAUAGACCCAGAGGAAAUCCAGCGACAGUCUUUAUACCUCAGCCAGACAAGGAUGGAUUCUGACAUUGAGGAAAAGCGUCAGAAUGCUAUCGAGCAAUUUUUCACCAAAGGAGCCAUCGUGCCUUCCCCCUGGGCCGCACCAGACGCUCGCAAAGCCCCUUCGUUCUUUAAAAAAGGUUCUGCGUCUUCAAUGAUUGCCGAAGAGCAAGAAAAAGUCUCAGUUGCGUGUCAGACAACUUUGUCGUUACCUUUGGCGUUUGAUAUGGAGAAAGUACUAGGGGAAUAUUACCGCUCCGAGGAAGCAUGUGAAGCCGUGCAGGAGAGCCUCAGUUCCUCCUCCUUAAGAAGAAAACUCUUCCUCGAUGGUCGGGGCAGUUACAGCGGCUCGGACAGUUCAAGCCCACCAAGCCCAGAGAGAAGCCAUCCCAGACAGGAGAAGCCUUCUCUGACCCGACGAGAGAGGGCUGCACGAGGGCUUGAAGGGUCCGAGGGAGUAGAAGCCAUGUCGUCUGUGUUUUCCUCCCCGUUAUCCUGCGGUUUGUCUGCUCCGACUCCCUCUACGGGCCAUUUCUCGUCCAGCCCCAUCCAACAUGGCGGCUUCCGGGACUGCAGCCUUGGCAGCAUGACCAGUCCCAUGUUCCCUGAUAGGUCGUCUCCUGCCGGCCUUGUCUCCCCCACAAUUUCUCCUAUUGUUUCACAUAUUGCACGUUCACCCAUAGGCUCAGCUGAGAGGAAGCAGCUGACCAACUUGACUCCACUCAACACCCCCCUCGAUGUACACCCCUGCAAUGAGAGUCCAUUUGUCGAGGGUUGCUCUCCCAUUCACAGCUGCUCUCCACACCACCACCCCCGCUGUCACUCUGAUCCCCAGCACAAUGUCAGAACUAAGCCCAGGCCCAGAGUCCGCUGCUGGGCUUCCCCUCCUCUCAUAUCCCCCAUCCUCAACCCAAAGCUCUUAGACUAUCAUGAGGCCGAGGACCUACUCCCCUCCUCCUCCUUUGCUCUCCCAUCUAUGGAGCUUGAUCCAUCUUCGGCCCUGGCUCAGGACUCUCACCCCGUUGCCAUUGACGGCGUUAUCCUGGAUCCUAUGGAACCUGUGAAAAUGGAGGAGGGCAAGGAGGCUGGGCUAGAAGGGAGACUGGAGGACGAGGAGGAGCUUUUGGGACAGCUGACCAGCUCUCACAUGGGCAAUGUAUCCGUAACAGAAAGCUCCCACAUGUUUGUUUCUCUGGCAGAGGGAAGCAGCAUACCCUACGAUUCCAGCAUGCAGGUGGACAGUGGGUACAACACUACCUCAGCCGGCACUGCCAGUCUGAUUGAUGGCCUCAGCACAGACUGUCACAGCAAAGAGUCCUUCAGUUCCAACCUGGCAGAGGAAGCCUUCCAACUUAGCAGACACACUAAGAUAAAGGCAUUUUAUCCACACCACUGAGACCUCUGAUCAAUGUGCAUUUCAAAGGGAGACACUUAUUCAAAGA